AUGGCUGAAACAGAGCUGAAGAAGGAGCUGCAGACGGUGGUGAAGAAGAUUGUCGAAGAUGAUGACUAUGGAUUUGAGACAACAAUCGAAGCUAUCAAAAUCUUGUCUUCUUUAGCAGAUUUUAAGAUUAAGAAACCUCUUUUAGGUGAAUUCAUGGGCGACAUUGUUGCUUUGGCCUCAACCCAGACUUAUUCCAGGCCACACAUGAAGAAGUGGUUGAAAGAAUGUAACAUAACAUGGCCUCAAUCGCAGAAAGAACUCUACCAGGGUGUCGAUGGAAAAGCGGGCACCGAGGUCGACCCAAUUUACUUAAACUCAUUGCUCGGAUUGAUGACGUCGUCGUCGGAUUCCGAUCGAAAACGAGCUGCGAAGGAGCUUCGGAGACUAACAAAGAACUCGAAAUCAUACAGGGCAGCGAUUUGCGAGUUUAAGGAUGCCAUCCCCAGGUUGCUAAGUCCACUAUCGGAAACCAAGACCGAGUCCGAUCCCGAUCCCGAUCUGUGUGAGGAUCUGAUAACCACGGUGUUCAACGCUUCACUCCAUGCCAACAAUAAGAAACAACUAGCGGAAAACCCUGCGGUCAUCCCUCUGCUUAUCGAGUACACGAUGCUCGGGACCAUCGAAACAAGAAGAAACGCCGCAGCAACACUCGGAAGCUUAUCGGCGCUCGAUUCGAACAAGUUCAUCAUCGGGGAUUCGGGCGCCGUUGCACCUCUAAUCGAACUCUUACGCGGAGGGCAUCCAUCGGCAAUCAGAGACGCUGCCUCGACGAUAUACACUCUUUGUAAGGUACGCGCGAAUAAUGCGAAGUUUGUCGAGCAAGGAGCAGUGGAAGUGGUCCUGGAGAAGAUCAAUGACGGCAUAUUGGUAGACGAGUUGUUGGUCAUCCUCGCAAUGUUAUCGACGAACCGAACGGCCAUCGACGAACUCGGGGACUGUAAAACGUUGCAGAGCCUGCUUCGGAUCAUAAGGCAUAGUAGUUCGGAAUGUAGCAAGGAGAACUGCGUUGCGAUCCUGUACAACGUGUGUUCAAAAGAUCUGACUCUGCUGAUGGUGAUCAGAGGUGAAGAAAUUAAAAAGCAGACUCUUGCAAAACUUGCAGAUACAGGGACGACAAGAGCUAGAAGGAAGGCCAUUAGCAUCAUUUUGAAAAUACAUAAAGCUUUUCCAGCAUUAUCUAUAGGAAAGUACUUUUGA